AUGGUUGUCGGACAAAUUUGCUCAGCAGGUCCGCUGUAUGCUGCCACAGCUCUACGUUCCUGCUCGUCUCUCACCCAGGAAACGUCGUCAGAGUGUCUCACGAUCCAAUCCAGGCGGAUUUUGCUCAGCGAAGCACGCGGAUCGUCCAAUAACGAGGCGUACGAACUGACAAAAGGUAGACACGUGGUGAUUCCGGAUCCGGAACAGAUCAGGAACAGGUUCGAGAAGCUGCGUGGGUCACGGGACACGCCUCCAUACGGUCCGUCCACCAGCAGAGAAAUGGUUGAAGACCGGCUUGCGACUAAUGUAGAACCCAACGGCCAACACCCAAUGGAACGAGACAAACGCUUCGUACCAGAACUUGCGGAUGAUACGCAACGAUCCGAGCCAGAGCAAGGUGAGGAAAAUGAUUGGAGGCACUCCAGACACCCAGAUGGCAUCGGAGUACAUUUUCUCGUGGACUCUGCUGGUUCCUCCUUCUUUGUUUGCCUGGUAGUAGAAUGGGAUAGUGUGGACCCAUCCAAAGAAGAGACACAAGAUCGAAGCUGUUUGGUGGUACUUGUUGAGCUUCUCGUGCGAAACACCCGUGAGAAAGCCAACAAUGUUGGAUUUACCAGACAUGAUGAAAAUAAAUGGAACAAAAGCUGUGGAGAUGAAACCAGCACGAACACCCAAAGGAGGCGACCCAAAUCCAAGACAGGCGCGGUAGUAAGGAUGAGGAACAAAACACCAAAGCAAACUGUACAGAGUGACGGCCCCGAUCAGCAAUAA